AUGAUGACACCUCUGAAGUUUGCUUUAUUUCUGAACUGCCUGUUCUUUGGAAAAAUAGCUAAGGCACAUAAUCUUAAUUUGGACAUAUCUUUACAUCAAGACGGUGGUCAUAUAUCAGCUAAUGUUGGUGAAAAUGUGACUUUGCGAUGCUCCUAUGAAGCUCAUCUAACAUCUAUGUUCUACUGGUAUAAACAAAUUCUGGGACAGAAACCAAGACUCAUCUCCACUUUGUAUAAACAUGGGGAAAAUGGUGUUUUUAAUGAAGAAUUCAAAGACGAUCCACGUUUCAGACUUGAAAGCAGCAGCGGUAAAAAUCACUUGAUGAUCUCAGAUUUACGGUCGUCAGACUCAGCCACCUAUUACUGCACGGGUUCCAGCGCGUACGGAUUUGACUUUUCAAUGGGUGUUACUGUCCUUGUGCGGAGUUCAGACUUAACUCGUGAGGCUUUUGUCCGUCAGUCAUCAUCUGAAAUUGGCUCUGGGACGCUGAAAUGUACGGUUCACACUGGGUUCUAUGAUGGAGAACACAAUUUUUACUGGUUCACAAAGUCUGGAGACCCUCACCCAGGAAUCAUCUACACUCAGGGAGGCAAGAAUGAGCAGACACACACAUGUCUCUACAACCUGCCUAUACAGAGUGUGAAUCAUUCUAACACUGGGACCUACUGUGCGGUGGCAUCAUGUGGAAACAUACUUUUUAAGAAUGAGAUGAAGUCCAAAGGUGACGUGGACUCCCCUCAGUUUCUUGUGUAUUUUUUGAGUGGAGCUUUGGCUUUCACCAUCAUCCUGACUGUGUUUCUGGCUUUCUCAAUUCACAAGAUGAACAAGCGAAACAGCUGCCAGUCUUCCGUGUCUCAAACCAGACGUUUGGCUCCGUCGACAGCAAAUACAGAGGGCGAUCGAAAUGAAGACGACCUCCAUUACGCUGCCUUAAGUACGCCACAUGUCCAACCGUCACGGAGACAGUGGGUCACUGCCUCGGAACAUUGUGUGUAUUCUAGUGUACGACAGUAGAACAUGGAAUGGCAUCACAACUUUAAGUGUGAUGAGUGAUUUUAGAAUUAGAA